CUCUGCAAAUAGAAAUAUGUUAAGUGAAGGCCAAGAAGGCGCGGGUCGUCUUUUUGUACGCAGUGGUGACGUCUUUUAUCUCCUUUUUGAAAAUUUCUCAUUUACCUUAUAAAUUUUAUCACUAAUUUAUUAUAAAAUGGCUACAGAAGUCGCUACAAAUCCAGAAAUUCCUUACGUGGGUGCAGUUGAGAAUGGUUUGGUACCUGGAAAAAUGGUAAGAAUUCGUGGUAAAGUUCCUGAAAAUGCUAUCCGAUUUGCUAUUAAUUAUCAAUUGGGACCGGUAUUAAAUCCAAGAGAUGAUAUAGCCAUUCAUAUAUCACCUCGAUUUUCUGAUGGUGUUAUUACAAGAAAUCAUAUUGAAUCUAUGGCAUGGGGAGCAAACGAAAAUGAAGGUCCUAUGUGCAUACAACCUGGUCAAGAAUUUGAAAUAAUUAUUUUAUGUGAUCAUUUGAAUUAUAAAAUUGCUAUAAAUGGUAGGCACUUUGCAGAAUUUGCACAUCGAUUACCAUACCAGAAAGUAACGUAUUUAGUGAUCGAUGGUGAUGUUGAAAUAUUCAGCAUUAUCUAUGAAAAUGUACCCGUUGGAUCAGCACAUUCCGCAUUGCCUAUAUCAGUUCCAUCUGCAGAUUUUGGCCCUCCUCCACCAGGUGGUUUGUAUCCAAAUCUGGAUACAAAAUCGAUCGAAUCAGGUGGAUAUGGUCCUCCUCCUCCAGGUUAUGGUCCAACACCUUCUACUGGCCCAUCAAAUAGAAAUAAUCAAUCCGGUGAAGAAAAAGAUUCAUUUGGUGGUUUAUUCAGUAAUAUACCUUGGAGUGGAUUAGUUGCUGCAGGUAGUAUUGCUGCGAUAGAACAUGCCAAUAGAAAGAAAGAGGAGGAACGACUUGGAAAAUUAGAUGCUUCCAAUACAUCAACAAAGAGUGACAAUGGUUCAGGACUUUCAAGUACAUUUAUUGGUUUAGCCGCCCAUUUAGCAAACACUGCUAUACAAAGAAACUUACAUGCACAACAAGGAUAUCCUUCUCAAGGACCUAAUGAUAAUGUUCUUGGAUCUAUCCUUGGAGCAUUAGGUGGGGCUGGAGCACAACGUCCAGCAUAUCAGCCGCCUCCACCGACUAAUACUGACCCAUUAACUGGAGCAUUGGGAUCUAUUCUUGGUGGAGUUCUUGGAGGUGGUGGAAAUCAGCAACAACAACCGUAUCAACCAUCAGGAGGCUAUAGUGGAUAUUCAGCACCAUAUGGAUCUCAACAAGGAUCCAAUAGUUCAAACUUCUUGUCCGGUAUAGGUUCUGCACUUGGUUCAUCAUUACUAAGUUCUGCUAUAGAUGGAUUAAGUAAACAUGGGAAAGAUAAAUCUCAUGAACAUCCUCCAAGUUACGUAACACCAAAUGUCCCAAUGCCUUCUGCACAUAUGAAUAAUCCUUCAACGUCAGGAGGAAACAAAUUGACAGCAGAUGAAAUAUCUAAAGGACUUGGCCUUGAUGAUUAAAUGCUUAUUUUUAUAGAUGAGGUGGAAAAAAUUAGUUAAAAAAAUGCCUCUAAAUAAGAAAAAUUAUUGCAAAAAUUAUAUCAAAAUCAAUAUAUUGCUCUCUCUUUCUCUAUUUCUCUUUCGAAGAUCUGAAAUAUUAAAUUUUGCAUUUUAUAUACUUGCAAUUAUAUUUGCAGUUUUUGUAUAGCUUAAGAAUAAAUCGUAAAUAUAUGCAAAUAAUUGAAGAAAAAAGCAUGUGUAGAAGCCAAAAAAGUAUGCUUCUGAUUUAUAUAAAUGUCACGUUAAAAUAACAAAAAUAUCAAGUGCUUUAAAUAACAAAAAUAUCAAGUGUUACGUAUGUUAAUGUUAUUAAUUGCUAUGAGUUAACAAAUAUCCUAUAACAAGUUAUAAAGAAGUAAUAUGUUGUUAAUUAUUAAUAAAAUAGAAUAAUAGAUUGUUGGAAACGAACAAAGUGACCUCAUAUAUUUUCUUGUAUAAUUGCUACUUUCAUUUUUCGUUUCGAACGAUUACGUUCUUUCAAUACGUGCGAUGCACAACCAUCACAUUAUUAUUUAUUUUACUUUUGUUAUUCGUUAAUUCUUUUUAACUCAGGUUUUACUCAACAGCACAAAUGAAUUUAUCAAAUAUGUUGCUAUUUUUAUAACUUAUAUUUUUAUAAAGAAUUCAUGUUUUUGAAAGUAAUAUAUUUUAUCUUACAUUUUAUAAAAUUAUUUAAAAUGUUAUACACGUUGCUAUUUAUUGUACUUGUUUUAAAAAAUAAAUUAAAAGAAAUGAAAAAUA